AACAAGAGCAACCGCCCCGCUCGCGCAAGAGGGCCCUCGCUUUGCAGGGAAGGGUUUUCGGGAGCGCCCGAACGUCGUUUGUACGCCUGCGCAGUCGGACUGGGCGAGUCCGGGUACAACACGCCGCCGGCCAGGCAGCGGGUGGGCAAAGCGAGGGCCACCCUGUCUCUCAGGAGCAGCAAAGCCGGUGGCAGGCAGAGAAGAGGGUGGCUUGCGGGGUGGUGGUGGUGGUGGGGUGUUUCUGUCUUUUAGGCUGACAUUUUUGAGGAGAAAGCGCGGCUCGGCAGGAAAAAAGGGGAGCACCGUCGCUCCCGAGAAUGGUGUUCGAGUCGCUCGUCGUGGACGUCCUCAACCGGUUCCUGGGCGAUUAUGUGGUGAAUCUGGACAGUUCCCAGCUCAAGCUUGGCAUCUGGGGAGGAGCUGUUGCACUAAAGAACCUUGAAAUAAAAGAAAAUGCACUGUAUCAGUUUGAUGUACCAUUUAAAGUUAAAGCAGGACACAUUGGUCAGCUCAAUUUGCAGAUUCCAUGGAAAAAUCUUUAUACUCAGCCAGUGGAAGCUGUCCUAGAUGGAGUUUACUUGCUUAUAGUGCCUACAGCUAGUAUUAAAUAUGAUGCAGAAAAAGAAGAAAAACAACAAUUGGAAGCAAAGCAAAGGGAAUUACAAAGAAUAGAGGAUGCAAAACAGAAGAUUGCUGACCAAGAUAAACCAGAAGAGAAGCAAGAUACCUUCAUGGAAAAAUUAAUUACCCAAGUUAUCAGAAAUCUUCAGCUGAAAAUUUCCAACAUCCACAUUCGAUACGAGGACGAUAUCACAAAUAAAGAUAACCCAUUGUCAUUUGGUGUCUCGCUGCAGAAUCUUAGUUUACAGACUUCAGAUCAGAACUGGAAUCCGUGUAUACAAGAUGCAACAACUAAAUUGUUCUAUAAGCUUGUUCGACUGGACAAUUUUUUUGCUUACUGGAAUGUGAAGUCUCAAAUGUUCUACCAUGGUGAUUAUAAAGAAUCUUUGAACAACUUACAAAAUGGAGUUGCAAGCAGUAACAUGAUUCCAGAAGGCUACAGUUUUGUAUUCCGGCCAAUUUCAGCUAAAGCCAAGCUCCGGAUGAAUCCACGAUCUGAUGUUGAUUUUUCUGCACCAAAGCUAGAUCUGGAUGUAAAUCUUCAGGAUAUAGCAAUAGAACUUAAUAAACCACAGUAUUUUAGUAUUAUGGAGCUCCUUGAAUCAAUCGAUAUGAUGACCCGAAAUUUGCCUUACCGGAAGUAUAGGCCAGAUGUUCCUGUUCACAAUAAUGCUAAAAAAUGGUGGCGAUACGUUAUAUAUGGCAUUCUUGAAGUAAACAUCCAGCCGAAACUACAAAUGUGGUCCUGGGAACACAUUCAUUACCAUAGGAAUCAAGUAAAGAGCUACAAAGAUCUAUACAAAACGAAAAUAACAUCGAAGAAGCCUGCUGAGGAGUGUUUGCAUAUGCUGGAGGAACUAGAGAAGACCCUUGAUAUAUUCAGUAUCACUCUGGCAAGGCAACAGGCAGAAUUUGAGGCAACUAAAGCUGGAUUAAAGAUUUUCAGACCGGGGAUGAAACAAGAUGAUGAACAAUCUGAUGGCUGGUUUGGUUGGAUGUGGGGAUGGGUUGGGAAAAAAAGCCCUGAAGCUGCAGAAGAACCGAAAGGUAUUGAACAGUUGAUGACUCCGCAAGAAAAGGAUAAACUCUAUGCAGCAAUUGGUUAUAGUGAAACAGCUGCUGAUCCAACAUUGCCCAAAACGUAUGAAGCUGUAAAACUUUAUGUAAAACUGUUGAGCAUGACUGUUCUGAUAAGGGAAAACAAGGAGAAGCCUGAGCUGAUAAAAAUUGCACUAAUUGAUCUGGUUACAACAGUAACACAACGGCCUGGAGCUGAAGCCAUAAGAUUUGAAUCAAGUGUAAGUGCAUUUGAAGUGGAUGGCAUGCCUCAAGGAACAACAGUGCCCUGCUUGCUGUCUUCUCAUACAGUCCAUUCAAAGCACAAUACAUCACUCUUCACUUUAAUGUUUGAGACCAAUCCAUUAGAUGAGAGUGCCAAUCAGAAAGUAAGAAUAGAGUCACAGCCUUUGGAAAUAAUAUAUGAUGCGAUGACUGUGAAUAGUUUAGUGGAUUUCUUCCGACCACCAAGUGAUGUUCAUUUAGAGCAACUAACUUCAGCAACUUUAACAAAAUUGGAGGAAUUUCGGGAAAAGACAGCUACAGGACUCGUGUAUAUUAUAGAAACACAGAAAGUUCUAGAUUUAAAAAUAAAUCUAAUGGCUUCCUAUAUCAUUGUUCCACAAAAUGGAUUCUAUGAACCCACAGCAAAUAAAUUACUUUUGGAUCUUGGUCACUUAAAGAUGACUAGUAAAAAUCGAUCUACAUUGUCAGAUAUCAAGGUUGGUGAAAGUGCUCUUGAAGAUAUCAUGUCAAGAGCAUAUGAUAAGUUUGACAUUCAGCUAAGCAGCAUACAACUCCUUUACAGCAAGCAUAAUGAAAACUGGGAGAAGGCUCGUAAUCUACGAUCAUCAUCCCAACAUAUAUUGCAGCCUUUGGAUGUUAAAAUGGAACUGAAUAGAGCAAUGGUUGUAACAGAUGCAAGAAUGCCCAAGUACAAAAUGUUUGGUGAACUUCCUUUAUUGUCCUUCAACAUCUCAGAUGAGAAACUGAAAUGUAUUCUGGAGCUUAUUGAUAGUAUUCCUAAACCAGAAAGUCCUCCUGACACCACUGCUACUGCACAACCUUCCAAGCUUCAGGUAUCUUCACUGCUAACAACACCGCAAAUGUCAGUCUCUGUGCUUCCUCUUCUAGAACCUCAUUCCAUUGCUGGAUCCAGUGAAUCUGAAGAUGAAUUUUUUGAUGCCCUGAGUAGUCCUGUGGAAGACUUGCCAUUUUUUGAAGCAUCUUCAGGUUCCUUAACCAAGAUGGGCAGUUUAAAAAAAAAGAUCACAAGACGAGAAUCUUUGAAGAAUAUGAUUGAUUUCCAGCUAAGAUUUGAAAUAUCUGAGGUGUUCCUUCAAGUGUGUCGUCUUAUAGAAGGUGUUGAAAAACCGAUUCUUCGCCUGGAAAUUUUAAAGCUGGGCACUGAGCUUAAGUUAAGGACAUAUGAUAUGACUGCUACUGCUUUUCUUAGAGAGAUUUGCUUAUUAUGUCCAGAAUAUAUGGAUGAUAAAAACAAGCCAGUUUACAUCAUUUCAACACUGGAUAAUAUGGUGGAUGAUCUUCUAGCAAUUGAAUACAUAAAGGCAGACAUUAAUGCUCCAGAACUGAAAACGACUUACAAGAAUGUUCUACAGUUGAUAAAGGUGAAUUUUUCUUCCAUAGAUAUCCAUUUACAUACAGAAGCACUUCUCAGCACUAUGAAUUUUAUAAAUAAUCUUAUGCCAGUACAAGAGACAGCUCCAGUAGAGGUUAUACAGGAAAAAGAAGAGAAGAGGGAAGUUCUAAAGAAACUGACUUCAAAAAAAUCAAAAUGUGAAGAUGUUUGUGACCUCCAUGUUUGUGCAGAAAUGUCAUGUUUACACAUUUUUAUAAGAGAACAGAAGCGCAGGAUAUCUGAAAUUCGUGUUGAAGGUCUUGAUGGCCAGGUGAUGAUGAAAAAAGAAACAACUGAAAUAUCAGCUAAGUUAAAGAAUAUAAUUAUUUUGGAUUGUGACAAGACAGCACUGUAUAAAAAGGCACUGUACAUUACUGAGAAAGAAGUCUUCAGUUUCAAAAUGGUGACAUACAUGAAUGCCACAGAUGGUGUUUCUUACACAAAUAUGAAUGCGGUUGAUAGCCAGAUUUAUUUAACCGUUGGAUGCAUUCAAAUUAUUUUUGUCAACAAAUUUGUCUCUGCUAUUUUGGCUUUUGUAAAUAAUUUUCAGACAGCAAAGGAAGCAAUUACUGAAGCCACUGUUCAAGCUGCUGAGAAAGCUGCUACUGGUGUAAAGGAAUUGGCUCAGCAGAGUUCCCGAAUGGCACUGGAUAUUAAUAUUAAAGCACCUGUUGUAAUAAUUCCACAAUCAGCAAUAUCUACUGAUGUUCUGGUUGCUGAUUUUGGUUUGAUCACCGUAAAGAAUGAGUUUCUGCUUGUUAAAACGAAACUUCGAUAUAAUGUCCCACCAAUUCUUGACAGUAUGCAUGUGAAGUUGAGUGAACUAAAGCUGUACAGGUCAAGCAUUGUGAGUGGCUUACUACAAAAUGAAGUACAGCUUCUACAGCCAUUAAAUCUUGAAGUUACAGUUGAACGUAAUUUAGCUACUCUCUGGUAUCAUGAAAUUCCUGACAUUAAAGUAUCUGGACGCCUCAAGCCAAUGAAUCUGAUUCUCAGUCAGGAGGACAUUACUACUAUCUUGAGGACCCUGAAUGAAAAUUUAGGAGAUAGUUCUGGGCCUCCACCACCUGCACCAGAAAAGAAAGAUCUGCUAAGUAUCCAUAGUGGAGCAGCAAGUUUUUCCCAGCAUUCUGGGGCUGGAGUUACAGUGGUGACUUCUGCUGUGGUGGAAAUGCAUUCUUCAGUGAAGGUUAAAACCACACUAAAAUUGGACUUCCAGUUUGAUUCCCUGACUCUUGCUUUGUAUAGUCCAAAUUCCAAUCAGCUCUCACUUCAGGAUGAACGAGAUGGUCGUCUGAAACUUGCAGAAUUUAAAUUGUUAUUAAUAUCAACAGCUGUCAAAAUGUUGUCAGAUGGGUCAAUGAAUGCCUCGGUCAGGUUAACAAAUUGUACUUUAGAUGAUAAACGAGAGACAGUCCAGAAAGCUACACCAAGAAUGGUUGAAAUGAAGCAUGGAUCUGAAAAGAAAGUAAUGUUGGACAUAAGUUAUAAACAAGGGAGAGAUGGGAACACCAUUAUUGACACAGUUAUUCAGGAUACAUACCUCUGUGCUAGUGUAGAGUUUCUUCUGACUGUAGCAGAUGUUUUUCUAAAAGCCACUGCUGAAAGUGCUGCUGCAGAGAGAAACUUCAAGCAAACUUUGGCUGUAAAGGAGCAAGUUCCUAUACAGACAGCAUCUACCAUGGAAAUAAAUGUUGUAGUUAAGAAUCCUGAGAUUGUAUUUGUAGCUGAUUUGACAAGAAGUGAUGCUCCUGCACUGGUGGCUACAGCACAGUGUGAAGUCUCUAUGAAAAACAGCCCUGAAAUGUCCAAAAUGACAGCUGCUGUUAAAGAUAUAAAUGUGAAUGCCUGCCCAUUUCUUCCAGAUAUGAGAAAAGGCAAUGUUACUACGAUAUUGCAGCCCUGUGAUCUGUUUUUUGAUAUGAUGCAAUCAGGUGAAGAACCUCAGAAAGCUGAUCUCUCCAUUAAAUCCAUAAUGAUUAAGGUGUCACCCAUUAUUUUGAAUACAGUCAUGACAAUUACCUCAGCACUUUUCCCAGCAGGAGAGACCUCAGAGAAAGACAUUAGCCCAGUACCACCUGAUCUUUGGGACAAGAAGGAUAUUAAAAAUUUAAAUAUGUGGUUUCUUGAAGAGUCAAGUGAAAAUAAAGAUCCUGUUUCUGUAACUGAGUUGGUUCCUACAGGAGAGACCUUGAAAAUGAGAAUAGAAACUGUUGUUGUAACUCUUGAAGCUGGUGUCGGUCAUAAAACAGUACCAAUGCUUUUAGCAAAAUCCUCAUUUUCUGGAGAAGUGAAAAACUGGAGCAGUUUGAUCAAUCUUUGUUCUCGUCUUGAACUAGAGGUACAUUAUUACAAUGAGCUGUUUGGUGUUUGGGAGCCAUUGCUUGAACCACUUGAAAUUGAAAGCAGCGAUGAGUUCAGACCAUGGGUUCUAGAACUGAAGAUGAAGAAGAAGGCCAAAAAAUCUUUAGUUGAAUCAGUUGAUGAAGAAGAACACUACAAGGUGCCAGACUACAAAACAGUGAUAACGAUUUACUCCCAAGAUCAGCUGAACAUUACAUUGUCCAAAUGUGGGCUGCUAAUGUUGAGUAACCUGGGCACGGCAUUUGCAGAAGCAGCUACACAAACUUCAGAAAUCUUCAAAAAAGAUCGAGCUCCCUUUGUGUUAAGGAAUUCUUUAGGAGUCUCAACAAUAGUCUUGCCUAGUGAUUCCUUUAGUGUCAUUAACAUUGAGCCAAAGGGAAAUUCAUUUCAUCUUGAAGAUGGAGAAAGUCUAAGUAUGGAGUAUGUCAGAAGUAAAAGUGAUCAAGACCAGUUCACAGCAAUGACUACCCUGAGCAGCAAAAUAUUCUACAUUUGGCUCACUCCUCAAAAUCAUUCUAGUACUGACAAGAUACCACUGACGAAAGUGGGACGAAGUCUCUACAGAGUAAGACACAAUGACUCAGGUGUUGUGAGAUCUAUAGUUUGUCAAAUAGAUACCCUUGAAGGGAGCAAGAUAAUAACAGUACGUUCUCCUAUUCAGAUAAAGAAUCACUUCUCAAUACCACUGAGUAUAUUUGAAGAUGGAAAAUGUUUAGGAACAGCUUUACCAGAGGAUGAAUUUAGCAUACCACUGACUUCUUACAGGUCACUACUGUUUUUUCGACCAGUAAUGGAUGAAAAUGAAAUUUCUGGAGAGUAUGCAGCAAGUGGAGGAAUCAGCUUUGAUGAAAUGGCUAAGAAUUUUGACAAAGUGUUGCAAAAGCAAUGUCAGCCCCUCAAAUCAGCUAAACAUCCACUUAUCAUCAACAUCGUUCCAAUGCAAGAUACUUUGAUAUCUUCAGCUUGCACUGAUGAUCAGUGGGAUUUACCAUAUGUUGUUCAUUUAUGGCCUUCCAUUCUUCUCCGUAAUCUUCUUCCAUAUCAGAUCACCUAUUCUUUAGAGGGAGACAGUACAACAGCCAAAACUCUAGAAGAUGGAUGUUCAGCUCAAAUUCAUAGUGCAGUACUGGAUCAGAGCAAACUGCAACUACAUUUACAUAAUUAUCUUGAGAAAGAUUGGACUGCUGAGUAUCACAUUCAAACAAAUCAGCAAGAAAUUAGUUUCAUCACAUUUUCAUGCACUACAGACGUUGACAGAACAGAUUUGGAUAUUGCUGUACAUGUAACCUAUACCACAGGACAAUUGAUUAUAGCAGUUCACAGUCCAUAUUGGAUGAUAAAUAAGACUGGUCGAAUGUUACAGUACAAGGCUGAUGGCAUCCACCGCAAACAUCCACCUGAUUGCAAAAUGCCACUUCUAUUUUCGUUCCAGCCGAAACACUUUUACCAUGAUAACAAGGUUCAGCUUAUGGUGACAGACAGCGACCUUUCUGAUCAGUUUUCUCUGGAUACUGUUGGCAGUCAUGGUUUUGUUAAAUGUAAGAGCCACAAAAAGGAAUACCAAGUUGGUGUCAAAAUAGAUAACAGCAGUUUUAACCUCACUAGAUUAGUGACUUUCACACCUUUUUUUAUGAUCACAAACAGAAGUACAUAUACUUUAGAAGUAGCAGAGGAAGGAAGUGAAAAUUGGAUGCCAAUAUAUCUGCAACAGUGUAUACCUUUUUGGCCUGAAAAUAAUGAAAGCAAGUUACAGGUUAGAGUACAAGAUUCUGACAUUCCACCAAAAAUUAUACAGUAUGAUAAGCAAGAAAACAGUUUACUGUUACACUUAGACAACAGGCUUGGAGGCAUUACUGUGGAUGUUACACUAGCUGAACAUUCAACAACAAUUACAUUUUUGAAUUAUCAUGAUGGUGCAGCUCCAUUCCUGAUAAUUAAUCAUACAAAAGGAGAAAUAAUUGAAUAUGGGCAAAGUUCUCUCCAUGUAAUGGAAGAUAUUCUACCACCAAAUAAAGCAGUACUUUACACAUGGGUUGACCCAGCAGGCUCUAGAAAAUUGAAAUGGAAAUGUGGAAAGACCAAUGGGGAACUAACUCAGAAAGAUGAUUUGAUGACAUGUAUCCAAGUGGGAAGCAAGAGCAUUUAUUUAGUUUCAUUUUUUGAAGGUUUGCAGCGUAUUAUCUUGUUCACUGAAGAUGAAAAAGUUUUCAAAGUCACAUAUGAAAGUGAAAAAGUUGAAUUAGCAGAGCAAGAAAUUAUCAUUUCAUUACAAGAUGUUGGAAUCUCUUUAGUAAAUAAUUAUGUAAAACAGGAAGUUGCUUACGUUGGAAUCACAAGUUCUGAUGUAAUUUGGGAAACAAAACCCAAAAAGAAGUCAAGAUGGAGACCACUGAGUGUCAAGCAAACUGAAAAGCUGGAAAAAGAGUUCAAUGAAUACUGUGAUCACUCCCCAACAGAAAAUAAAAUUGUGGAGUUGGAUGAUAAUGUUCCGGUUUGCUUGACUCCUACUGGUAAUAACAUGAAAAUACUUCAGCCGACUGAAAUCCCUGUGAGGAGAAGCUUUUUGCCAGCUUUGAAAGUACAAUAUAGUACCUCAGAACAUCAGUCAUCCUUUCGAGUCCAGAUUUAUAGAAUACAGAUACAAAACCAGAUUCCUGGAGCCAUAUUUCCCUUUGUGUUCUAUCCUAUUAAACCUCCCAAGUCCAUCUCCUUGGAUUCAGAACCCAAACCAUUUACUGAUGUCAGUAUUGUCAUGAGAACUGCAGGACAUUCUCAGAUUUCACGUAUAAAGUAUUUCAAAGUUCUAAUUCAAGAGAUGGAUCUCCGAUUAGAUCUAGGUUUCCUCUAUGCUUUGGCUGAUUUCUUUACAUUUCAAGAUGAAGUGCCAAAAGACCAAGAGCUAGAACUUUUCAGAAAGGAUGUAGAAGCUGUACAGGAGGAAUUGAAGGAUGUAUCAUCAACAGAUACUUCGGCCAUCAGCUUAUAUGAGUAUUUUCAUAUUUCUCCAAUCAAGUUACAUUUAAGUUUUUCACUCAGCGCUGGUGGAGAAGAUAGUAACAAGGAAGAGAGACGCAAAGAAUUGAUUCCAGUUCAGUCCUUGAAUCUCUUAUUAAAGAGCAUUGGGGCGACACUUACAGAUGUGCAAGAUGUUGUUCUUAAAUUGGCGUUCUUUGAGCUCAACUAUCACUUCUGUACUAGGCAACAGCUGCAAUGGGCAGUUAUUAUGCAUUACUCAAAGCAGGCUAUUAGGCAAAUGUAUGUUCUUAUUCUUGGCCUGGAUGUUUUGGGUAAUCCAUUUGGAUUUAUAAGAGAUUUGUCUGAAGGAGUUGAAGCAUUCUUCUAUGAACCUUACCAGGGAGCUAUCCAAGGCCCAGAAGAAUUUGUUGAAGGAAUGGCACUGGGACUUAAAGCCCUAGUUGGUGGGGCUGUUGGUGGAUUAGCUGGAGCUGCAUCAAGAAUAACUGGUGCUAUGGCUAAAGGAGUGGCAGCAAUAACAAUGGAUGAAGAUUACCAGCAGAAGCGACGGGAGGCCAUGAAUAGGCAACCUGCUGGUCUCAAAGAGGGUAUCACUCGUGGAGGAAAAGGCUUAGUAUCUGGUUUUGUCAGUGGAAUAACAGGAAUAGUAACAAAGCCAAUAAGAGGAGCCCAGAAAGAAGGAGCAGCAGGUUUCUUCAAAGGUGUUGGAAAAGGAUUAGUAGGAGCUGUGGCAAGACCCACUGGAGGAAUAAUUGACAUGGCUAGCAGCACUUUUCAGGGGAUUAAAAGAGCUACACAUGCUUCGGAAGAUGUCAUGAGCUUGCGCCCGCCCCGCUUCUUCGGUGAAGAUGGCGUUAUCCGACCAUACAGAUUGAGAGAUGGGGCUGGAAGUCAGAUGUUACAGAAUAUUGAAAAUGGAAGAUUUGCAAAACUGAGAUAUUUUACACAUGCAAUGGUUAAUAACACAGAUUUGUUAAUGGUAACAAAAACUGGCAUCUUGUUUGUGACAAGGGGUACAUUUGGACAGUUGACAUGUGAAUGGCAAUACACAUAUGAUGAAUUUACUAAGGAGCCAUUCAUUGUUGAUGGACGGAGACUGCGCAUUGAAGCAAAGGAACGAGUAAAGUCUGUAUUCCAUGCCAAGGAAUUUGGGAAAAUAAUAAAUUUUAAAACCCCAGAUGAUGCCAAGUGGAUCCUCUCCAAGCUGGAAGAAGUGAGGGAGAGCCAGCCAAAGUUAUGAUGGUUUAGACAGACAAAAUAAAGGCUGUGCAGCUCAGGCUAUUUUACAUUUGAUUGCAGCUUGUCAUAUGUGAUACAGUUUGAAUAUUAAGGAGGUAGGACUGUGAUUAUUCAAGUCGAUUGAUUUUAAGUCUUCAAUCCAGCUGAGCGAAAAGGCUGCAUUGGUCUGUGUUGUACAAGCUGUUGUACUUUUGACAACUUCUGCCAAAUUGUGGCUUAUUAGAUUAAUUUAGAAAUUAUACUCAGUUAUUUAAAUCAGAAAUACAAAAAUGAAGUGUUUUUUUCCUGUUUGUCACAUAAUCUACAAAGGCUAAACCCUUGAUAGUCUUGUGAGGUUAUGUGGUAAUCAGUUCCACCCCUUUAAUUUGAGCAUUUGUUUUCCUGUCUGUAUUUAGAGAAUUUUAAUUACUAUGCUAUAAAUUGCCACAUUACAGAUUAAUAUUCACUGAAAUUCAGUUUAAUUCUUCAGGGAAAGACUGACAUAACCAGCACUGCUCUUAUAUUAUGAAUGACUUGCUGACCAGUUUAUUCAACAGAAGCCUUUUUAUUUACUUAUAUAUAGAUAUAUAGAUAUAUCAUGAGGUUGUUUAGUUUUUUUAUACAGAUAAACAGUUUGUGAUACUGCAAUAUCAUUUUUAACAUUCAGUUUUUUAUACAAUGCAAAAAUUUAACAAAUGUGUCCUGGUGCCUCAUGACAAGGAGAUUUGCACAGCCAUUUAUUGAAAUAAUAAAACAAGUAAGGGUGUGCCUUGCAGUAAAGCUUUAAAUGGCAUGGUCUUUACUUCUGACAGUUCAGUAAGUCACAUAAACUUUGUACAGCAGCAUGUGUUGAAACAGCUCUUCAUUCAAGAGUAUCUUGGCUUUAUAUACUACUUGAAGCCAAAAAAAAAGAAAAGAAAAAGAAAAUCUAAGUUUCAUGACCAUAAUGAAUGCAUCAUUUUAAUGUGUGUAUGUGCAUUCCUUAAAAAAUUAACAUUCAUCACUUAAAAUCCAAUAAUGGGCCUCAGUGGGGAAAGGUUUCAUAAGAUGUUGUUAGGCUGUACAGUAAUGCUUAUAAACCCAACGUAAGUAUAAGUUGAAGUCACUUCAUAAAAGGGAAAAUGAAUGCAAAUAUAUGAUAGUAUUAUCUAAAUGAGAUUUGAGUAGUUUGAUGCAUGCAGUAAAUGUCUGCGGACAGAAUGUUAUUUCCAAAGUGCUACUUGGAAGAUGGUCGCAGGGGAGAUUAAGAUUCACUAGUGGUGCUUAAGCUACCCAAACUGUAGCUUUGUUGUAAAAGCUAAACAAAGUAAAUGGCAUGCCAAACGUAACUGUAUAUUCUAUGUAUUUCUAUAGUCUUGCUCCAUUAUGUAACACCUGAGGUGGUUACAAUUAUAUACUGCAGUUCUUCCUCAUAUUUUGUUAUUUGAUAGAGUGAAUAUAAAUUAAAUUAAUGAAUGCUGGAAAUGCCAAAAUAUUAUUUUUAUCGUGGUUCACAAGAAUAUGAAGUCUGUCCAGAUUCACUGAUUUAACUGACACUCCUAUAAACUUUCAACCACCCAUGUUGCUUCUUUUAAAUGUACACAAUAAAUAUUCUAAUGACUCUU